AUGACUAGGUUGCCUUCAGCGGCAGCGGGGCGCUCGUCUCCGCCAGCACAGGGAUCCUCCGUUCAAAGUCGAAGUGCCCGCGGGGAUGCUGCCGGGAAUGAUCAACGGAAGUUGAGUCCAAAGCAACCCUCGAAACAGCGAACCAAUGCGGGGUCGCGCCACGCUACUGUGGCUGAGGCACCAAAAAAUGAAGUGGAACUUUACAUGCAGCGGAUUAAUGAGAUCAGUGCUCAGCGGACCAAGGUGGUACGGGAGUAUCAACAGAAAAUUGCCUCCAAUCGCGCGCAAGUGCGUAUGAUGCACGAUGAAAAUACGCACCUCCGCUCCAUUCGUGCCUGUGGCAAGAACGUAACGGACCGGGAGUUGGAACUUUUGGACCGUCGCAAAUAUGCAACAAUAAGACGGCUGAACCGCCUGACACACCAAGUGAGAAAGAUCGAGGAAGGAAUUCGCAGAAAUGAGGAGGAGCGUGUAACCAACGAAAGGGAGCUUUCUGAGGCAGCCAAAGAUGGCGCCGUGUCAGGAAGCAAAAGUGUAGCAUUGCGGAUUCAUCGUCUCGAAAAAUUUCUUGAUCAGACACUGGGGCACCAGCGGUUUGUUGCGAGGAUUAAUGAUGGGUACCGUGAGCUGUUGAAGGAGCUUGUGGAAGAUUCUAUUGGUCGUGAUGCCCGCACGCGUGCUCUGGAGCAGCACCUUGAUAUUCGCCACCAGGAAUAUGCGCGCCUUGUAACACUCUAUCACAACGCUACAUCGCAAUAUGAAAACGUGCAAAGGGAUUUAAAGAGCUUUGAUUCCUCUUUUCAGCAGGCACGGCAUUUGAAAGACAAAGCCCUUGCUGACAGAAGACUUCGUGUGGAAACUGCACUACGUCAAACACAAGGUCUUGAGCAGCGGCAAGUGGAGUUGCAGCAGGAAAUUGAUGAGGAAUUACAGCGCAUCGAAGAAGCUGAAAUAGAGAAGCAACUUGUCCUGCAGAGGCGACGACGAACUAUAUUACCCCCUGAUCGAAAUUCUGUGGUUGCUGGUACGUCUGACUACAAUCAACGGGCUGAAUUAUCUGACAGGAUCGCUAAUGCCCUUCUUGCAAGUGGAUCGGCGAAGGAUGAGGAGCGCAUGAGAGCGUUCGAAAAAAGUUUUGUAAAAAUGAUGCGUGUGACAGAAGCAGAGUCACUUGACGACCUUGUGAAUAAGUUUUCCCAAGAGCAGGCGCUGCGUGAACAGCUUCAAAAACAGUACCGCGACGAGCAAAAAAGACUUGAAGACCUUCAGAAUGAGGUUGCGAGACUGAAGAAAAAAGUAAAGGAUCACGAAGUUACCUACGUACACCCCGCACCUGUAACGUUCUGCAUGAAGAGCGAGUUGGAUAGCUACGUUACCGAUGCGUCGUGUAAACGUGACUCAGCUCUGGGGGAGCUGACAACACUGGAACGCAUUCUGGCGGAGGUGGUGCAGCACACAGAUGUACUCGCAGAGCAAGUUUCAUUGUAUAAGCCUGAGGUUGUGGUUCCGCGGACAAAGAUUGAAAAUGUUGUUACAAAUUUGCAACUCUUGGGGGCAAAAAUACUAUCCCUUGCCGACGAAACGGUGGACCGCACUUCAACAGCGCCAUGUGUGGCAUCUAUUCACGUGAACCUUCCAUCGUCCAACACGCGUGUGAAGCUGUGUUCUAUAAAGGAACAGGCCAAAACGGCAACUCCAACAACGUCAACCCCCGUUACAAACAAUCCGCCGUCACCGGAAACGGAUGGAAGCUGCUUCUUUGACAAGGGGAGCUGCUUCACAGAUAGCGUUACAAAUGGCAUCGUACCCAUUGGUGGGGGAAAGCUUGGCAUUUCUACAGUAUCAAGCGACUCUGGUGAACACGAGGAUGACACUGAGGAAGGCAGGCGCUCUAUGGCUCUAUUGGACAAUGAUGAGCCGUUGGGCCGUGAGCAGAUUAAACGCUUGGCUGCGGUAGUGCUGCGCCGUGAAGAGAGGCGCCGGCUGCGGGAGGAACGCCAGCGGUGA